CUACUGAGUGUGUAGUCGGUCCAACCAAAAAUAGACUAGCGUCGUCGUACGUCUUGGCAAUCGCGCGCAACUGCCCCGACCUUUGUAUUCGACCUCCCUUCGACCUCAUCUCCAUUCUCUUCCCGUUCAUUACCUUGUACCCGAUCUACAACUUCUCUCUGUCGCGCAAUCCUUCGUUUCUCAGCGACACGUUCAGAACCCCCCCGAACCAGCAACCCGGCGAAACGCGCGUCUCCGCCGCUUCAGUCGCGCCUCACAUAACACGUCUCCCCCUUACCUUCCUCCACAAUCGCCUUAUCAUGGCCAACUACGACACCCAGAAGGUGCCCGAUCUCAAGGCGCUGCUCACCGAGCGCGGACUGCCGACAACGGGUAAGAAGUCGGAUCUGAUCGAGCGCCUCACCAAAGACGACGAGAAGAAGACAGAAACAACAGCAGCUGCGCCUGCCAAGAUCCACCCCGAGGAUGAAAUUGACUGGGAUGACGAGGAGGAAGCAUCUGCAGAAGCUGCAAAGACGACUGCUGCGCCAGCAGAGGAGCCUAAGGCCACUCCUGCAGAAGUCGUCAACAAAGCCGGUGGCGUCGGUCAGCCCCCAAACCCGCAAGCUGUCCCUAACCAGCAAGCCGACAUUGAUCCUUCCACCACCGAUGAUCUUGCUGUGAAGCCACCGACUGAUGAGAAGGACGUUGCUGUAGCGGAGGCUAAGAAGGAAGAGCCUGCAGAGGAUUUCACCAAGGGCGUCGCAGCGAGCAACCUCGAACAAGAGAUCGAGAAGCGCAAGAAGCGCGCCGAGCGAUUUGGUUUGAAAGUCGAAGAGGAGGAUUCCAAUGUCAAGCUCCUGGAACGCGCUAAGAAGUUCGGAGGCGCCGGACCUCCCAAGGGCUUGGAUGAAGCUCUCCCAGAGCGCGAACGUCGCAAGCGAGGCCGCGAAGACAACGAGGAUGGCGGAAGGCACAAGCGCCGUGGUGGUGGUGGUGGUGGUGGUGGCCGCUCAGGUGGUCGGCAAGGCCGCGGAAACCAAGACGGUGGAAGGCGAUCGGACAAUCGCCGAGAUGGCGGACGAUCAAACGGCGGAGGAGCUUCCUGGAUGAGUGAGGCCGAUCGACAGAGGGCCCAAUCUCGCCGGGAUCGCUUCGCUCCCAAAUCCACUUCGUGA